CCCAGGCGCUGCCCGUCAAGGCAAGCAAGAAUUUCCGCAGAAGAAGUGUUAACCGACGACAGAGACCGGACCAACAUGGCGGCGGUGUGGCGGUUUGUAAAUAGAAGCGCUUUUAGCUCCGCAACAAUCGGACACCCGUACUUGCCGUUCAGCUCCGCAGUGAAGACUGGCACGAGAGCAGGUCAAACCCUCCCGGAGAGGGUAAAAAUAGUGGAGGUGGGACCCAGGGAUGGCCUUCAGAAUGAAAAGACUAUCGUUCCAACAGAGACCAAAAUCCAUUUGAUAGACAUGUUGUCAGAGUCAGGGCUGUCAGUCGUAGAAGCCACUAGCUUUGUAUCGCCGAAGUGGGUUCCACAAAUGGCAGACCAGGUGGAGGUGUUGAAGGGGAUCUAUAGGAAACCUGGAGUCUCUUACCCAGUCCUCACCCCCAACCUCAAGGGCUUCCAGGCUGCUGUGAAGGCCGGGGCAUCUGAGAUCGCCAUAUUUGGUGCUGCAUCUGAACAGUUCAGUAAAAAAAAUAUAAACUGCUCAGUGGAUGAAAGUUUACGUCGUUUUGACGAGGUCGUGAAGGCGGCUACAGAGGCCGGCGUGCCCGUAAGAGGCUAUGUGUCUUGUGUUCUCGGCUGCCCGUAUGAAGGCAAGGUUCGUCCUGAAAAAGUUGCACAUGUAGCAAAGCGUCUGUAUUCCAUGGGCUGCUAUGAGAUUUCGCUUGGCGAUACCAUUGGAGUGGGCACGCCAGGCAGCAUGCAGGAAAUGCUGGCAGUGGUGAGCCGCGAGGUGCCAGUUGAUGCUCUGGCGGUGCACUGUCACGACACGUACGGGCAGGCCCUGGCAAAUAUUCUUGUAGCCUUGCAGAUGGGAGUGAGUGUGGUGGACUCUUCUGUCUCCGGACUAGGCGGCUGCCCUUACGCACAGGGUGCUUCUGGCAAUGUUGCGACAGAAGAUCUGGUCUACAUGCUUCAUGGACUUGGGAUUCACACUGGGGUGGACCUCACCAAGCUGAUGGAUGCGGGAGCUUUCAUUUGUCGAAGCCUUAACAGGAAGACCAGUUCGAAAGUGGCACAGGCAACCUGCAAACUGUAGGCAAAUCCAAUCGCGAGGACUUUCAUCAGCACACACAAAUCCAAAAACCAAGUGUUCUCUUGCUGGCUCCCACAAUUUUGCCUGACACGUCAUCUACCAGUCAUAAGAAUAUCCCUUCAAAGUUUGUAUGAUUGUUCCUUAGAUUCCCUUGUGUGAAGGCAUUGCUCAAAUAGUGCCUUAAAAAUAGAGCCAGUCUAGUAAUACUAUGGAAAGAGACAAUGCCUUCCUCCGUUCUGUUUUCAAUGAGAAUAUGAAUAAUGUGACCUCAUAGACACUUGAGCAAAAUCCUCUCGUCAAAAUGUCGCUGUUGGUGAAACCCAUAAAUCUGAAUUAUUUCAGGUGGCUUUUGAAAGAAAUGUAUGAUUAGGAAUUUUUGGCAGAAUUGAAACUAUGUGGAAAUUAUGUUAAUAUUUAUUUUCUAAAGUGUUGUCCACAUGUACAUAUUUAACUCGUGAAUGAUAUAAAUAAACACCUCUUGAUCCAUUGAAA